AUGUAAUAUCCGCUGAGAGUCUCCACACAUCUCAAACUUUUCUUCGCUCAGAGCGACGAUGACAGCGCACGCACUUUCAGCGGCUCUGUCGAGGGUUCCCGAUCCCAAGACACUGUCGAGAAGCUCGAUCUGAAACAUCGGAGACUGAAUCCGCUUGUAACACAGACGUAGGAGAGACUCGUCUGGAGGCAGAAUGCGGGCGCUGUUCGUGGUGCUGAAACCGCUGUGUUUUCUCGCUCUGCUCGGCUACUGCCCUUCCGCGACCAUCAGACCAAAGGAAGGCUGGCAGGUGUACAGUUCAGCGCAGGAUGCCGACGGCCGCUGCAUCUGUACGGUGGUGGCACCAGAACAGAGCUUGUGCUCCAGAGAUGCAAAGAGCAGACAGCUCCGCCAGUUACUGGAGAAGAUUCAGAACAUGUCGCAAUCAAUCGAAGUGCUGAACCUGAGGACCCAGAGGGAUUUCCAGUAUGUCAUGAAAAUGGAGAGCCAGAUGAAAGGACUCCGAUCAAAGUUCAGACAAAUCGAGUCGAACCGAAGAACGUUAUUGACUAAAAACUUUCAGGAGCUGAAGGGGAAGAUGAAUGAACUGCAGCCGCUGAUUCCAGUGCUGGAGCAGUAUAAGACUGAUGCCACGCUCAUUUCCCAGUUCAAGCUGGAGAUCAGGAACCUGUCUCUGGUGCUGACUGCUAUCCAGGAGGAGAUAGGAGCAUAUGAUUAUGAGGAACUCCAGCAGAGGGUCCUUGGCUUGGAGGGAAGACUGAGGAACUGCAUGAACAAGCUCACCUGUGGUAAGUUGAUGAAAAUCACAGGGCCCAUCACCGUAAAGACAUCGGGAACGAGGUUUGGAGCGUGGAUGACAGACCCUCAGGCUUCACCUAAGAACAACAAGGUUUGGUACAUGGACAGCUAUACAAACAACAAGAUAGUCAGGGAGUACAAAUCGGUGGGCGACUUCGUAGCUGGGAUUGAGUCAAGAACCUACAACCUUCCGUUCCACUGGGCGGGCACCAAUCAUGUGGUCUACAACGGCUCCCUGUACUACAACAAGUACCAGAGCAACAUCAUCGUCAGAUACAGGUUCGAAAGUGGCCGGGUCACGACCCAACGAGCACUUGAGUCUGCUGGCUUCCACAACGUCUACCCGUACACCUGGGGCGGCUUCUCCGACAUUGACAUGAUGGCAGACGAGCUUGGUUUAUGGGCCAUCUACGCCACCAAUCAGAAUGCAGGGAAUAUAGUGAUCAGCCGGCUGGAUCCUCUGACCAUUCAGGUGCUGAACUCUUGGAACACUGAAUACUCCAAACGAAACGCAGGUGAGUCCUUCAUGAUCUGCGGCACGCUGUACAUCACAAACUCCCAUCUGACCGGGGCUAAGGUGUAUUACUCUUAUUCCACCAAAACCUCUACCUAUGAGUAUAUGGACAUCCCCAUCCAUAACCAGUACUUUCACAUGUCCAUGCUGGAUUACAACGCCAGGGAUCGUGCACUUUACGGCUGGAACAAUGGCCACCAGGUACUGUUUAACGUCACGCUGUUCCACAUUAUUAAAACUGAUGACGAAUCCUGA